UGGCAAACGUGUGGAUGAUGUCUUUCACAGUGUUCGGUCUUCUUUUUCUUCCUCCAAUCAUGUUCAACCAAAUCUCGGCUUCACUGUUCACUCUCUCCACUCCACUUCUCUCGCUGACCUCUAUUCACCGAGAUCAAUGUCUCUUCUGAUCAGAUCCUCUUACCUUUCUCAAUCUCACUUCCAACCUAGAAUCUCAAAACCAUCCUCUCACACAAAUCAAACCCCGUCGAAACUAGUGUUCUUAUCUUCUUUUAACCACAACCCUCUCGUCAGUUUGGUGGAUAAACGCAACCCAACAAUGCAACCUCCCACCUUUACUCCUUCGAUGACUGUUAAGAGCUCCUUGAUCGACCCAGACGGUGGGGAACUCGUCGAAUUAAUGGUUCCCGAAUCUGAGAUUAAGCUGAAGAAGAAGGAAUCAGAGGCGAUGCCGAAAGUGGAGCUGACGAAGAUCGAUCUGGAGUGGGUGCACGUGAUCAGCGAAGGCUGGGCUAGUCCUUUAAAAGGCUUCAUGAGAGAAGACGAGUAUCUUCAGAGUUUGCAUUUCAACUCUCUGAGGUUGAAAGAUGGGUCUCUGGUCAACAUGUCUCUUCCUAUCCUUCUUGCUAUUGAUGAUGACACCAAGGAACAGAUCGGUGUGUCUAAGAAUGUUGCUCUUGUUAGCCCUCAAGGAGAUAUCAUCGGUUCUCUUAGAAGUGUGGAGAUAUACAAACACAAUAAAGAAGAAAGGAUUGCUAGAACUUGGGGAACCACUUCUCCAGGACUGCCUUAUGUUGAAGAACACAUCACUCCCUCUGGAAACUGGUUGAUCGGUGGCGACUUAGAAGUUUUCCAGCCGAUUAAGUACAACGAUGGGCUUGAUCACUACAGGUUAUCACCUAAACAGCUUAGGAAAGAGUUCGAUAACCGUCAAGCGGAUGCUGUGUUUGCAUUCCAGCUAAGGAACCCUGUGCACAAUGGCCACGCUCUGUUGAUGAACGAUACACGUAAAAGGCUUUUGGAGAUGGGUUACAAGAACCCUAUUCUUUUGCUUCACCCUUUAGGAGGUUUCACAAAGGCUGAUGAUGUUCCUCUUGAUGUUAGAAUGGAACAACAUAGCAAGGUUCUUGAAGAUGGAGUGCUUGACCCGGAGACUACUAUUGUCUCGAUAUUUCCAUCACCGAUGCACUAUGCUGGUCCAACUGAAGUUCAGUGGCACGCCAAGGCUAGGAUUAACGCAGGUGCUAAUUUCUACAUUGUGGGACGUGAUCCAGCGGGAAUGGGACAUCCUACUGAGAAGAGAGAUCUGUACGAUCCUGAUCAUGGGAAGAAAGUCUUGAGCAUGGCUCCUGGACUUGAGAAACUAAAUAUUCUUCCAUUUAGGGUUGCAGCUUACGAUACAGUUGAGAAGAAGAUGGCUUUUUUCGAUCCCUCUCGUGCAAAAGAGUUUCUUUUCAUUUCUGGAACUAAGAUGAGAACGUAUGCAAGAACAGGAGAGAAUCCACCGGAUGGGUUUAUGUGUCCGAGUGGAUGGAAUGUUCUUGUCAAAUACUAUGAAAGCUUGCAAGAAGGUGAUGAUUCAUCUAAACAACAACAAACCGUUGUUUCUGCCUAAAGAUAAUCAUAAAUGAUGACUUGGCUUAGUUCAGCCCUUCAUUUUAUGCCUUUACGUAUUUUUGGUCGUAUGAAAGUCGCUAAUCUUUUCCAAAACCAAAACCAAUAACAAUCCUGAAUAAUGUUCUUGCUUUAUGUCGAGUGGAAUAUUUGUUAAUUUGAAUGUCAGGUUCAUUGAUAUUUCUCUGAAAGAGGUUUUUA